AUGAAGGAAAAGGUAGAGUCUGCCAAAGCAGGAUGCCUUGUUCCGCUUGUUAAUCAUUGGGUUCAACUUAACUGGGACAAGUCCAAUAGGAUUGGAAGCCUAGAGGCAAAGAGUUGGAUCACUAUGGCAUCACAAAAUCCAAAUAAUUUAUCUCUACGAUCUGUCCUUGAGAAGGACAAGCUGAAUGGGACAAACUUCAUCGAUUGGUACAGAAAUUUGAGAAUUGUUCUCAAACAUGAAAAGAAGUUGUAUGUCCUAGAGCGUGUUGUUCCUGAGGAACCUCCAGCUACUGCCCCUAGGGUAGAAAAAGAUGUUUAUAAGAAGCAUCAAGAUGAUUCCUUGGAUGUUGGAUGCCUCAUGUUGGCUACUGUAUUAUCAUACCUAUCAGCUACCAUGAACUCUGAGCUUCAAAAGCAACAUGAGAACAUGGAAGCUUUUGAGAUGAUCGAGCACCUCAAGAAAUUGUUUCAAGAGCAGGCUCGACAGGAGAGGUAUGACAUUUCCAAGGCAUUGUUUCAGUGCAGAAUGGUAGAAGGAAGCUCUGUCAAUUCUCAUGUGCUCAAGAUGAUUGGGUACAUUGAGGAUCUUGAGAGAUUGGGCUUCAAGCUAAAUAAAGAUUUAGCCACUGACUUAGUGCUGCAAUCUUUGCCGGACAAUUAUAGUCAGUUUGUUCUAAACUAUAACAUGAGCCAGAGCUUCUAA